GUAAUUUUGAGAGGAAGUCGCUCUUACAUGCUGAGUAUAUAAACUGCACUUUACUUAGUGCGACCACUUUUUUCCCUUUUUUACGACAGUGAACAGUUCCACGGUGCGUCAGUUUUUGCAACAAUUAAUCUCACAUUAGAAAAAAAACAUUGCGGCUAUAUUACUCGAGCCAUGUAUUUAAAUAGCUUAGAGACUACAUGUGUGAAUUGAAUUUUAAAUUCCAUCAACAGUUUUGGCCUGACUUUCGUGAGGUGAUAUUUUAGGCUUAAUUCACAACAUUCAAGGUUCAACAUUCAACAAUUCUCACGAAGGUAACAACAUGUGCUACUCCAUAUGUCUGAUUUCCUGGAUGAUAGUUAUAUUAUGCCCCCUACAAAAAGUUCAAUCUCACCAAAAUGAAUGGUACAAGACAGCAACGAUUUAUCAAGUGUAUACAAGAUCAUUUAUGGAUUCAAAUAAUGAUGGUAAUGGGGAUUUGCAAGGUAUACUUGAAAAACUGGAUUACAUCCAAACUUUGGGAUUUGACACGGUUUAUGUUCAGUCCGUUUUCAAAUCCCCUUUCCUGGAUGGAGGAUUCGACGUUUCAGAUCAAAAAGACAUCAACCCAAUUUUCGGCACCACGAAUGAUUUGAAGAAUUUGAUCGAUGAAAUUCACAAAAGAGGAAUGAAGAUUCUUAUUGAUUUCGUCCCGAACCACACGAGUCAUGAACAUGAGUGGUUCAAGAAGUCUGUUAAAAGGGAGGCUCCAUACACUGACUUUUAUGUCUGGGAAAAUCCAAAAGAAUUUGACUCGCAGACAAACGAACCUAUCCCGCCGAACAAUUGGAUAGCUGUUUUUACUGGUUCUAUGUGGAAAUGGAGCGACGAAAGAAAUCAAUUUUACUUACAUCAGUUCUUACCCGUGGAACCUGAUCUGAACUAUCGAAAUCCAGCAGUGAGAGAGGCAAUGAAGGGCAUUCUUAAAUUUUGGUUAGAUUUGGAUGUUGAUGGGUUUCGGGUUGAUGCAAUUGGACAUUUGCUGGAAGAUAUAAUGCUGAGAGACAACCCAUGGAUACCUGGCAUGGUUGGAGUAAAUAACUAUCGUGCCCAGAUUCAUAAGUUCAGUAAAAACCAGGAGGAAAUGUACGAAGUAACGGACGAGUGGCGAUUGGUCUUAGAUGAGUAUACAAGAAAAACCAAUAGAUCCAGGAUAAUGGCAUUUGAAUCGUUUGAUCCUCCUGAAUUUGUUCAAAAACACAUGGGUAACGAGACACAUAAGAGACUACAUUUUGUACUGUGUCCAACAAUUUUUUUUCAUAGGCCAUAUAAUGCAAGUGGCAUUGUAGAUUUUAUUCAGACUCAAUUGAGGGUUUCGACACCAUCCGGAGUUCCAAGUUGGUCGGUUGGAAGUCAUGAUAUGGGUCGAUCGGGCGAUUUAGGUGGUUCAGAAAUAUCCCUGCCAUCUUUUAUGGUCGCUUUUUUACUCCCAGGAGUGGCAACCAGUUACUACGGCGAUGAGAUUUCAAUGAGCGAUCAACCUUUACGCCCGGAUCAAAAGAGUAACAUGGAUGCGUUUGAUCACCUUAAACACAGGACCCCGAUGCAGUGGGACGACUCUACUAAUGCAGGUUUUACGAGAACAAGGAAACCAUGGUUGCCCGUGAACCCAAAUUACUGGGCAAUCAACGUGAAGAGGCAACUAGGGGAAAAACACAGCCAGUUGAACAAUUGUAUACGUUUAAUAAAACUCAGGAGGACACCAACCAUCCUGAAUGGACAAUUAGCCAUAUGCACGCCAACUCCUUGGCUUUUUGUUUUUCAAAGGUAUCUACAUGGCGAAGCAUCAAUUGUUGUGGUCGUCAAUCUAGGCACAGAGAUGGAACUUAUCAGUCUAAAAGACUGCUCGUUUAAUCUGCCGAGGGUCAUGGAAAUUCAUACUGCAAGCUCCAGCUCUGGUUUCCAGAUCGGGGAUAAAUUCGUGGUGUGUGACUCCAGUAAUUUGACUAGUUGCCCUCGACUGCGUCCAAGAUCUGGAUUGGUUUUGACAUCCGCGAGAAGCUCCGAAAGCAGUUAUGCUGUCAAGUCUAAGCAUUCUAUUCUUAUUUUUGCUUUGUCACUUGUACUAUCCGCUUGUUAUUGGUAACAGUAUGACAUUUUAUACGCCAAAGGUUAAUUUUUGACAUUUUUUGUUUACAUGAUUAGUUUGACGGAUUCAACUAGAAUCUGUUUAACGAUAGUUAACGUUGUUUAAUUCCCUCGCCCGUUAGUUAUUCUUCAAUAGAAAACUAAACGACAUUUCGCUUUGAAUCUUAAUGAUAAUUUUUUAUGGUUUGGUUAGUUUUUUUUGUGAAGAAAUAGGACAACAGAUGACUUUAGACGACGUCUAGUGAUUCUGGUUGAAUUCAUGCAGUUGCGAAUUACAACAAGCUGCAGGUGCCAACACCAAUGUGUUGGAGAGUUGUCGUCAGUAUCGUCUUGUGUUAAGUACUACUUGUAUGCCUUCGAAAAGGCUGUCUUGUGCCAUGAGUGGCUUCGGCCCAACAAUAGUGUUUUUUGGUUGUUCGGCACGGUAUAGUAAUUCAAAAAAACAUAUUUUGUCGUUGGUAAGAAGUCGUAACCUAUCAAUUGCAGUCAAUUUUUUUUCCCGUCUCCAAAAGUUCUUUGAUUCUCUUUCCAAAAAAAGUAAGUAAUAAAAACGAAGAAAAAAAACCUAAAAAUAAACAGUGUUGACGAAAA